UGAGGGGCUGACGGGAAGCCUGAGCCACUCUCCUGUGAUUUCUCACUGUGAGUGACAGUGAGGGGCUGAGGGGAAGCCUGAGCCGCUCUCCUGUGAUUUCUCCCUGUGAGUGACAGUGAGGGGCUGAGGGGAAGCCUGAGCCGCUCUCCUGUGAUUUCUCCCUGUGAGUGACAGUGAGGGGCUGACGGGAAGCCUGAGCCGCUCUCCUGUGAUUUCUCACUGUGAGUGACAGUGAGGGGCUGAGGGGAAGCCUGAGCCGCUCUCCUGUGAUUUCUCACUGUGAGUGACAGUGAGGGGCUGAGGGGAAGCCUGAGCCGCUCUCCUGUGAUUUCUCCCUGUGAGUGACAGUGAGGGGCUGACGGGAAGCCUGAGCCGCUCUCCUGUGAUUUCUCACUGUGAGUGACAGUGAGGGGCUGAGGGGAAGCCUGAGCCGCUCUCCUGUGAUUUCUCCCUGUGAGUGACAGUGAGGGGCUGACGGGAAGCCUGAGCCGCUCUCCUGUGAUUUCUCACUGUGAGUGACAGUGAGGGGCUGAGGGGAAGCCUGAGCCGCUCUCCUGUGAUUUCUCACUGUGAGUGACAGUGAGGGGCUGACGGGAAGCCUGAGCCGCUCUCCUGUGAUUUCUCACUGUGAGUGACAGUGAGGGGCUGAGGGGAAGCCUGAGCCGCUCUCCUGUGAUUUCUCACUGUGAGUGACAGUGAGGGGCUGACGGGAAGCCUGAGCCGCUCUCCUGUGAUUUCUCACUUGUCGCACUAGAUUGAGCACAUGUCACUAUGCACAAGGGCCUAGCUUCAAGGCCUCAGUCCCGACCUUCGAAGGGGAAGCUUCAUAAGCAAUGAAGCAGUACUGCAGAUAUAGACAUUUGUACUGCAUUCGAAGAAAGAAGAUAUGUUUUCACCACUCAGAUAUUGCGCAAUAGACUAUUUAUAUGAGAAUAUUGUUAAAAAGAAGUUUUGCAGAGAUACUUUAUUGCUUCGAAUUCCUUCAUGUUUAUAUCAAAAUAAAAGUUAUCAAGCAGGAAUUAUUGAUAAUACAUUUAGAAGGCCAUGGACAAGAGUCUCGACUGUCGCCGUUUGGGGGAUGUCAGAUAGUUCCAUCUUGGAUCAAUGGACAGCGAGUCUCUCCGUGGAGGAUUUCCUUGAGAAAAAUAUAGUUACUGGAAUAGCAACCCAGAUUAACUAUGAAUUUGAAGAAGUUGUCCCAAGUUCAAACCCAAACUCCCAAACUAAAGUAGAAGAAGACGAUUUAUGCAUCUGUAAGGACUACAGUGAAAUCUUUACAACUGUCAACUGUUCAGCACUUCAGACUCAGAAACAAGAUUUAUCCAUUGAUGAAGAGAUCAUUUUUAUAAACAACUUGAAUUCCUAUAAACAUCAGUUACCAACUUGGCAAACACUGUUGAGAAGGUUAAAGCUAUACUUGGUAGAAGACCCACUUUUAGAUUUCAAUGAAAAGAUCUGCACAAGAACUGAUUUCAUCUGGGAAUGCAUCUCUUUUCAAACAAAUCGGAAACAUUUCAUUAAAGAAGAUUUCUGCAUGGAUAAUGAGAAUUUUUAUCCGGAAAAUUUAGAGAAUACACCAGAGAGUGAAUUCUUAAUAUCUACAAACCUCCAACAAGAAGCUGAUAACCCAUCAUCCUCAGAAUUGACGAGAUCUUUAAGCUUAGUACCAGAGAUUAAUGAUGUCGAUGGAAAUGAAAAGCUUUUCAAAGAAGAUCUUAGUAACCUUCCUAAAGAGCAUGAAAUUGACACUGAGGAUUUAAAAUGCAGCUCCAAAGAGACUUUGGCCAUUCAAAGCCAGUGUGAACCAGAAUUCAAUGAACAAGUAGAGUUAGAUAUGCCAUUAGCUUCUCUGCACUCAAUGACCCAUGAUUCUUCAGUAAAUUCACUAUGCAAAGGACUUCAGCCAUUUCCAUCUCCUUCUGUUGAUAAAGUUACUUUGCCUGCUACUGAAGGGCCAGCUGACAAACUGUGUAAGGAGAGGCAGUUAGAAGAUUGUGGGAGUUCUUUGAAGUCAUCUUCGCUUACAGUGCCAAUAACUGAGGAGCCCCAUAGGCAGUAUUCAGUUACCGAUUUGAAAAAGAUGAUGUCUGUUGAAGAAGAAACCCUUCAGGUUAAUCCUAUAAACACAGAAUGCUGGAAGCAAGAAGGAUUAAACAUGACAGUGACAGACACUUUGGAACAGUGCAGUACACACUUGUGUCAUGAUCUGUCUUCCGAUGAGACUGUCAAUAAAAGGGAGAUAUGUUUGCCUAUAGAGGAAUUUCAACUAGCCUCAUGUCCAGAUCAUAAAGAUCGUUCCUCACCAAUUUUACUUAUUAAUGAGAAAUUCACAAAUGCUCAUUCAUCACUUCCACAGAAGAGUCUAGAUCUGGCAAAAGAAGUACCAAACCCAUGUUUGUCUGAUGAUUAUGCCUCUGUUAGAACAUCAACAAAAGAUGAAAAAACAAAAAAUGAUCUAGAACCAGCUCAAAAAAUAAACGAAGACAAAGAAAAUAAAGAUUGCUUGGGAUCUGGUUGCACAAUACCAUCUACUGAAUCAUGUUCCUCUUCAAAAAUUGGAAGAGCACCAUUUAAACAUAAUGAAAAAUGGGAUAGUGACUUGGACCUUUUGAGUCAUUUUAUAAUGAUGCGAAAAAAAUAUAAGCCUUGUACUUCAGAGACUGAGGUCACAGACACUGAUGAAAAAAAUGAAAUUCGAGAUAAAGAACAGACUUUGACUGUACAGGAAGAUAAUCCUGAUGUUUGUACUAAUAAAACCCCAGAGAAAAUCAGUCAUGAAAGACUUGAAGACAAUGUCAUUGAGAUUCAAGCAUCAGACAGCCAGUGCCAAGCAUACUGUCUCCUAGAAGCAGCAGCUUCUCCUGUUCUAAAAGAGCUUACACGCCAUUGUACUCUGCCAACUGCUGACUGGAAUUUUGCCACAGUUAUUUUUGACCAGACAAGGUUCCUCUUAAAGGAACAAGAAAAAGUAGUAAGUGAUGGCAUUCACUUAGGUACAAAUGAUGAAAGAGAAAUAACAUUCAAGAAUGCUGCUCUCUUACACCUUCUGGUAACAAUCAGAGAUAUACUUUUAACAUGUAGCUUGGAUACAGCAUUAGGUUAUUUGUCAAAUGCAAGAGAUACCUACAAAAAUACUUUGGGCUCUUAUUUGGAUGUUAUUUGGAGACAGCUAGAGGUCAUACAGUUUAUUAGGAGUGAAAAACCUGAAACCAAUUACAAGAUACAAGAAUUGCAACAUCAGAUACUUAAGUGGAUGCAAACUGAACAGCAAACUAAGGUACUGAUUAUAAUAAGGAUGGACUCAGAUAUUGAAGAACAUUUGCUCAUUAAAAUCCUUAACCAAAUGGGAGGUUUAACUUUGACUGUCUUACAUUUGAAUGAAGGGAACUUUUUUCUGGAACCAGCACAUGGUACAAGUUCCUGUGUAAUUGUGCAUAAUCAAAAUAUUGGAGCAGAUUUCCCCUGGAGUAAUUUCUCUUUCGUGGUGGAAUACAAUUACGUAGAAAACUCUUGUUGGGUGGAACAUUGCAAAACAUUGAAUAUUUCCUAUAUGACCUUUAAGGUGAUUCUUCCUGAUGCAGUUUUAAAGGGAAAGACCAUGCUGGAUAGAUUUGGUGGCUUCCUGUUGGAAAUCCAGAUUCCUUAUGCAUUUUACGCAUCUGAGGGGCUUCUUAAUAGCACUGAAAUAUUUCACUUGCUAGAAUCUAACUAUAACAUCACAUUAGUGGAAAGAUGCUGUAGCGAGUCACUGAAACUUUUUGGAGGCGUAGAGUACUAUGUAGUGAUAACAAUUGAUGAACACACUGCCAUAAUUUUGCAGGACCUAGAAGAACUGAAUGGUGAAAAAGCAGCAGACAAUGUGAUCAUGAGACUCAUGGCAUUAUCAUUCCAGUACGACUAUUGUUGGAUAAUUUUAUAUACCAAAGAAACAUUAAACUCAGAGUACUGUUUUACAGAAAAGAAACUUCAUAAUCUAGCACUGAUUUAUGCAGCUGUGGUUUCAACUGGACUAAAAUCAGAACUGACUGUAAAGCUUAUAAUUUCCCCAGGAAUGGAAGAGACUGCAAUGACAGUUCGACAAAUUGCUGACCACAAUUUAAUGACCUCAGAGAAGGGUCCUCAACAGUGGCUGGACAAAUCCUGUCUCAGAGUUUCACCAUCUAAGGAGGAAGUGGACUUACUUCAUUUUCCAUGUAUUAGUCCAUUGGUGGCUCAGCUCAUGUUAAAUACAGGACGUCCACUCCACUGGCUGUUAUUAGCAACUCUUGGCCGACUACAGGAACUCCUGCCUGAAGUACCAAAAAAAGUAUUAAAGCAUUUCUGUGACAUCACUUCCUUAUUCAAGAUGAGUUAUUCUUCUACAAGGAAAUCCCCACAAAUUUCACCACCUCAAGAAAAUUUAAAUCAAACCAAUACUUUUACUUCUUGGGAUUCAGCUCCUGACUUUUCCAACUCUGUGAAUCAGGAAUACAAUGACUAUUACCAGUAUUUAAACUUAGGGGCAACAGUACAGGAAGACAUAAAUACUACUUCAAAAUAUAGCCCUGUUCUCAGGGAACGAAGAGAAAUGCCACCCUACUUGCCACCUAUGACUUCUUACAGUUACACCGACUACUUGACUGACUCCAGCUGUAACCCUAACAUAGAGCAGGGUAACCCUUUCCUAAUUGAUGCAGCAGCACGGAGCUUGGCUGACAACUCCAAUUUAAUCCAGAAUGAUUCAGAGUCAGAUUUCUUUUCUCUGGGUCUACCAGGAAGGAACUGUGAAGCCAUGAUAUCGCCAGCUGAUACUCAGGGGAUCGCUUCCCUUGAUUUCAUGAACUCUAACAGAGAAAUAUAUGAAGCAAAAGGGUCAAUAAGUAAAGAAGCACCCAAGGCCACUCAGUCUCUUCACUGGAACAUCAGGAAAAAUGUGAAGGAGCAAGAGAACCACUCAUUCAGCAUACACUAUGAUGCAGAGCAGAACACGUGUGACCUGUGGCACUCUCAGACAGGUGACAUAUUUACUAAGCAGGAAAAAUACCUCUCAGAUAAGUUGAAAAGCUCCAUGCAUGAAAAUCCACAGGCUGGAACUAAAGAAACUUCCUGGCAAGGAUUGCCAUCUGUCCCCAGCUGGGACUUCCUUUAUGGUUCUGGCUCUAAUGUAAAUCAAGAAGGAAGCAACAGUCCUUAUUUCUAUCAGAGAGCUAGAAAGCAUUCAGGACACAAAAGGCAUUCUGUAUCGUCAUCUAAAUCAGAAGACAGAAAUUCGUUAACAGACUUCAUAACUUCACAACUACCUCUACGCAAAAAGCAACGUCUGGUGUAUGAAAAAGUCCCAGGUCGAGCGGAUGGACAAACGCGUCUGAGGUUUUUUUAAGAGAAAAAAAUAGUGCUACAAGCCAUAUGCCAUUUUUUUCUGAUAAUCCAGCAAUAAAAUGAUUUUGUUUUGCUCAUUCAUUAAAUAAAAUGCAAUUGUUGUUA